AUGACUAAAGCUUCUAUUAUAACAGAAUCAGUUAUAACUUCUGCUUCUUCUAUUAUUACUAUUCAGGCUGCUAUUAUGACUUUAUAUAUUACUUCUGCUAUACCUAGUAAAACAGCUAUAGCUACGACCCAUAUUUAA